AUGGCCGACCCCCGCAUCAGCGACCAGGACCUCGCGGCCAUCAACGCCCCUCGUAUGGACUACCGUACCGUCAACGCGGUCAACGGUCCUCUCGUCGUGCUCGACAACGUCCACUUCCCCUCCUACAAUGAGAUUGUCCAGAUCACCCUUCCCGAUGGCACCACCCGCGGUGGACAGGUGCUCGAGGUCUCCGGCAACAAGGCGAUCGUCCAGGUCUUCGAGGGCACCACCGGUGUCGACACUUCGGCUACCCGUGUGUCCUUCUCCGGAGACAGCAUGAAGCUCGCCGUGUCCGAGGACAUGCUUGGUCGUGUGUUCAACGGUUCCGGACAGCCGAUCGACAAGGGACCGCGUGUUUGGGCCGAGGACUACCUCGACAUCAACGGCUCCCCUAUCAACCCGUACUCGCGUAUCUACCCCGAGGAGAUGAUCCAGACCGGUAUCUCGACCAUUGACACGAUGAACUCGAUUGCGCGUGGACAGAAGAUCCCCAUCUUCUCUGCUUCCGGUCUUCCCCACAACGAGAUUGCCGCGCAGAUCUGUCGUCAGGCCGGUCUCGUCAAGCGCCCUGGUGCGACGAAGGGUGUGCACGACGGACACGAGGACAACUUCUCGAUUGUCUUCGCCGCCAUGGGUGUCAACAUGGAGACUGCGCGCUUCUUCAUGCAGGACUUUGCCGAGUCGGGGGCCAUCUCGAACUCUACGCUGUUCAUCAACCUCGCGUCUGACCCCACGAUUGAGCGUAUCAUUACGCCGCGUCUUGCGCUCACGACGGCCGAGUACUUUGCGUACCAGCUCGAGAAGCACGUGCUCGUCGUCAUGACGGACAUGUCGUCUUACGCCGAUGCGCUCCGUGAGGUGUCUGCCGCUCGUGAGGAGGUGCCGGGUCGCCGUGGUUACCCCGGAUACCUGUACACUGACCUGUCGACGAUCUACGAGCGUGCGGGCCGUGUCGAGGGUCGUAACGGCUCGAUUACGCAGAUUCCCAUCCUGACUAUGCCGAACGACGACAUCACGCACCCGAUCCCCGACCUGACGGGCUACAUCACGGAGGGCCAGAUCUUCGUCGACCGCCAGCUGUACAACCGCCAGAUCUACCCGCCCAUCAACGUGCUUCCGUCUCUGUCGCGUCUGAUGAAGUCGGCCAUUGGCGAGAAGCUCACGCGCAAGGACCACGGCGACGUCUCGAACCAGCUGUACGCCAAGUACGCCGUGGGCAAGGACGCGGCGUCGAUGAAGGCCGUGGUGGGCGAGGAGGCGCUGAGCGCGGACGACAAGCUGGCGCUCGAGUUCCUCGACCGCUUCGAGAAGGAGUUCGUCGGCCAGGGCGCGUACGAGGCGCGCUCCAUCUUUGAGUCGCUCGACAUUGCUUGGGACCUCCUCCGCAUCUUCCCCAAGGAGUCGCUCAACCGCAUCUCGCCCAAGAUCCUCCAGGAGUUCUACUCGCGCAAGGUCCGCGACGUCAAGGGCAAACAGGGCGCGCAGAGCGGCGACGACGCCGACAAGAAGGACGGCAAGAAGGAGGAGAACCUCAUUGACGCCACGAGCCGUAGCGAGUGA